UUCCUGGUAAAAUAUAUAUUAGUACCGUAGGUAUUAUAAUACUCUAAAACGUAUUUAACGUAGACUGUUACUGUAGACUGUGCGGUAGAUACUGACACAUUCACCCAUAAUAUCUGUGUUGCGAGAGUGGAUAGGACUCCCAUUCGUAACUUGCUCAAACCUGGCAUAGCUCAAACCUCCUUGGCUCAAACCAUUAUCCAUAGCCAAACGUUUGCGAUUGCAGUGCGGAGGUCGAAAUGGCUGCUAUUUGCAGUUUUGUAAGAUUGCUUGUGCGAAAUAACACAAAUUUGCAGCAUUCAUUGAAUAGUAUUGGCACGAAACGAUGGUGCACAGUUGCGCAUAACAUAUCAGUAUGGAACACUGUAAAAGCAAAGAGGGAGGCGGCUCUUCUCGGCGGUGGACAGGCUAGGAUUGACAAGCAGCAUGCGAAGGGCAAGCUGACAGCCAGAGAAAGGAUCAGCUUGCUGUGUGAUCCAAGCACAUUUGUGGAAUACGAUAUGUUUGUGGAACACAGGUGCACUGACUUUGGCAUGGAGAAAGAAAAGAUUACUGGAGAUGGUGUCGUAACUGGGCGUGGUAUGAUUCAUGGGCGCCCGGUGUAUGUGUUCAGCCAGGACUUUACUGUGUUCGGAGGCAGCUUGUCCAGUGCCCACGCUAAAAAGAUCUGCAAGGUAAUGGACCAGGCUAUGAUGGUUGGAGUGCCAGUUAUUGGUCUGAAUGAUUCAGGAGGAGCAAGGAUUCAGGAGGGUGUAGAAUCUCUUGCUGGAUAUGCAGAGAUUUUUCAGCGCAAUGUGAUGGCAUCUGGUGUGGUUCCACAGAUUUCUUUGAUCAUGGGGCCAUGUGCUGGCGGGGCGGUCUAUUCCCCAGCACUGACUGACUAUACAUUUAUGGUCAAGGACUCUUCUUACUUGUUCAUCACAGGACCAGAUGUGGUCAAGUCUGUGACAGGAGAGGAAGUCACCCAGGAGGAAUUGGGUGGAGCUAAGACACAUGCUGUAAUAUCCGGCGUCGCUCACCAUGCUUUUGACAAUGAUGUCGAUGCCCUUGUCAGGCUGAGAGAAUUCUACAAUUUCUUACCACUUAGUAACCUAGACGCUGCGCCUAGACGCGAAUGUAAUGAUCCAAUAGAUCGUAUGGUCUACAGUCUGGAUACUGUAGUUCCUUUGGAGUCAACUGCUGCCUACGACAUGCUGGCUGUUAUAAAGGCUGUUGUGGAUGAGAGAGACUUCUUUGAGAUUCAACCCAAUCAUGCCAAGAACAUUGUUGUUGGUUUUGCGAGGAUCAAUGGACGGACUGUGGGGAUAGUUGGAAACCAGCCAAAAGUGGCAGCAGGAUGCCUGGACAUUAAUGCAUCUGUAAAAGGUGCAAGGUUCGUUCGUUUCUGUGAUGCAUUCAACAUCCCCAUUGUCACGUUCGAAGAUGUUCCUGGAUUUCUACCUGGCACUGCACAAGAAUAUGGUGGCAUUAUUCGCCAUGGUGCAAAAUUGCUGUUCGCCUAUGCUGAGGCAACUGUCCCAAAGAUUACCAUUAUUACUAGAAAGGCCUAUGGGGGUGCCUAUGAUGUCAUGAGCUCCAAGCAUCUGAGAGGUGACAUCAACUAUGCAUGGCCAACAGCUGAGGUAGCUGUUAUGGGAGCCAAGGGAGCUGUGUCCAUCAUCUUUAGAGGAGGUGAUAUCAAGGCAGCUGAGAAGGAAUACAUGGAGAAGUUUGCUAAUCCAUUCCCUGCUGCAACUAGAGGUUACGUCGACGACAUUAUUGAGCCACACUCUACGAGGGCGAGACUUUGUCAUGACUUAGAUGUUCUGGCAAGCAAGAAGCAGACAAAUCCAUGGAAGAAACAUGCUAACAUGCCUCUGUAAAGGUCAACGAUUAGAGAUGACUUAAGAGCAUUACAUGUGAAAUAGUGAUUAUCAUACUCGGUACAAUGCCAUACAUCGAGUUGCAGGUUAAUAAUAGAUUAUUCUCAUUGGGUUUGAGCAUGUAUAACUUCACUGUGGCUUCAGUGAAACGGCCAGAAACGUCCAUUCUUUGAGGUAUCUCCAUAGGUUAUCAGAGUGGAAUGUAAAUUUCAGAAUUGGAUUGCAUACUAGACGACUUGUUUUAGAGGAGACACGAUGCUACAGCUUUCAGAUGUUUCCUGUCUUGAUGCUAAUUUGAUAUGUUAAUAUGUAGAUAACUCACUUGCAAAUAGAUUCAGCAUUGAUCACUCGGAGCCAUUUAUUUUGUUGUUCGUACGUGUGCACGCAAGGCUAUCAUUAUAGUGGAAAUUUCGUUUGGGGUUUAAGUGGUCGUGGCACAAAGCAGUAAAACAGCAAUGCUGCCUCUAGAUUAUAAAUUGACAGGAUUUCAGUGUGCAUGUGCCACAUGUUGUCUAACUAGUCACAUAUUGUCGUAAUGUCCUACUACGGAUACGCAAUUAGAUACAGAACUAAUAGAGUAUGUGACAAGUACUUCUAAUAUUCAGUAGAACAUGCGUGCCUCUGUAUAUGGCAAGUGCUGCCAUCUGUCAUGGCAUAACAUGUAGAGGAAUGUUAAUAUAAUCAAAAGACCAGCAGCAAACCUACUUUAACAGGCAAGGAAACUGCUGUUAAACUUUAACAGGCAAGGAAGGUGCUCCCUACAGUUAGUUUACCAUGGCAGUUCCAAAUGGUACUGUUGUUUAGUAGCCAGCUUUACAUUGUUGAUCAGGAAAAUCUCCAUGUAUAAUGACAAUUAACAUUAAUUAUUAUCGAUUUAUCUGUUGGACUGUUUUUUGUCAUGACAGAAAUAAACUAACUAUGCAACCAUA